AUGAAAGUUACAACUUUAGAUAAAGUUCACAUCAAACAUCAGAAUGAGGAGAAAUUGAACUGUGGCAUGGUUGUUGUUGCCAGAACUGACUCUCCAUCAUGUUCUGGGACUAAAACAGAUUUUUCAUCACAUCCUGACACUAAAACAGACUCUUCAUCACACUCUGACACUAAAACUAACUCUUCAUCACACCCUGACACUAAAACUAACUCUUCAUCACACCCUGACACUAAAACAGACUCUUCAUCACACUCUGACACUAAAACUAACUCUUCAUCACACCCUGACACUAAAACUAACUCUUCAUCACACCCUGACACUAAAACUAACUCUUCAUCACACCCUGACACUAAAACAGACUCUUCAUCACACCCUGACACUAAAACAGACUCUUCAUCACACCCUGACACUAAAACAGACUCUUCAUCACACCCUGACACUAAAACAGACUCUUCAUCACACCCUGACACUAAAACAGACUCUUCAUCACACCCUGACACUAAAACUAACUCUUCAUCACACCCUGACACUAAAACUAACUCUUCAUCACACCCUGACACUAAAACUAACUCUUCAUCACACCCUGACACUAAAACUGACUCAUCACCACAUCCUGACACUAAAACUGACUCAUCACCACAUCCUGACACAUCACAUCCUGACACUAAAACUGACUCUUCCUCACGUCCUGACACUAAAACUGACUCAUCAUCAUGUCCUGACAAUAAAACUGAUUCUUCCUCACGUCCUGACACUAAAACAGACUCUUCCACACGUCCUGACACUAAAACUGACUCUUCGUCACGUCCUGACACUAAAACUGACUCAUCACAAAAGUAA